UCACUACCGGAACAUUUACCGUCACGUGAAAGACACGAACAGCUGAUGCGAAAGUCUUCCUCGCGAUUCCGCUUUUUGUCGGAGAUCACUUCCAGACCCUACAUCCAGGCGUUUACGCAUUUACUUGGUUUAGUUGAUGUCAAAUUAAGGAUUACGAAGAGUUGUGACAGACAUUCCCAUUCAUGAAUACCUCGGACAGUGAAGAGGAGUCCUAUAAUGAGAGGACAGCAUUGGUUGCUUCCGAGAUUCCCCCCGUGCCAUCCUACCUGGAGGAGCCUGACCAACCCUUGCCAUCGGACAUGGAACCCAAAAGACAUCAUGGUGUAGCCCCGGUCCCCAGCAGGGAGCGUCCUGGGGCCGACCGCAGCACGGUGGAGAGGGAGCCCGACAUGGAUGAGGAAGAGCUCACCCUCAAGUAUGGCGCCAAGCAUGUCAUCAUGCUCUUCGUCCCCGUCACUCUCUGCAUGGUGGUGGUGGUGGCCACCAUCAAGUCGGUCAGCUUCUACACGGAGAAGAACGGCCAGCAGCUAAUCUACACACCCUUCACAGAGGACACUACUUCUGUAGGCCAGCGGCUCCUAAACUCGGUGCUCAACACUAUCAUCAUGAUCAGUGUCAUUGUGGUAAUGACCAUCUUUCUGGUGGUCCUCUACAAGUAUCGUUGUUACAAGUUCAUACAUGGAUGGCUCAUCUUGUCUUCUCUAAUGUUGCUCUUUUGGUUCAGUUUCAUGUAUCUGGGGGAGGUGUUCAAGACGUACAACAUAGCCAUGGAUUACCCCACAGUGGCCAUUAUCAUCUGGAACUUUGGGGCGGUGGGAAUGAUCUGCAUCCACUGGAAGGGGCCUCUGCAGCUCCAGCAGGCCUACCUCAUAGUCAUCAGCGCCCUCAUGGCGCUCGUCUUCAUCAAGUACCUUCCGGAAUGGUCCGCUUGGGUCAUCCUGGGAGCCAUUUCUAUCUACGACUUGGUUGCAGUGCUAUCCCCCAAGGGCCCUUUGAGGAUGCUUGUGGAGACUGCGCAAGAGCGAAAUGAGCCUAUCUUCCCUGCCCUUAUAUACUCAUCUGCCAUGAUAUGGAUGGUCGGAAUGGCGAACCCUUCAACACAUAGAGAGUCUGCAAAUCAAGAUACAGAUGAAGAGGCACACCAGAGUGACGGCGUUGACUCGCAUAGUGAUGGAGCCGAGCCAGAUAUCCAAGUGUCCUCAGGGAUGGCCAGAUCCUACUCAACAGAUGAUGACCUAGAGGAAGACCGUGGAGUAAAGCUCGGACUGGGAGACUUCAUCUUCUACAGUGUGCUGGUGGGAAAGGCUGCCGCCACUGGAGGAGACUGGAACACCACCCUGGCCUGUUUCGUAGCCAUACUCAUAGGAUUGUGCCUCACUCUCCUCCUGCUGGCCAUCUUCAAGAAGGCCCUACCGGCACUGCCUAUCUCCAUCACCUUCGGCCUCGUCUUCUACUUUUCCACCGAUUAUCUGGUCCGGCCGUUCAUGGACAACCUUGCAGCGAACCAGUACUACAUUUGACCCCUAGUACAAUCUAUUUUUAAAUUUGACGGUCAAUGGAUUAUUAUUUUUUCUCCACAUUUUCUAUGGCUCUACUCAUUUUCUACCAGUAGUGUUUAUUUAGCAAUUACAUGGAUUGGAUAGAGAUUUGGGGUGGGGUGGGGAGGGGAGAGAAUCAUAUUUAAUUUAUUGCUUUGCAUACAUUGUGUUAACAAACCAUGACGACUUGUGAGAAUCAUAGAAAGUAUGAAGAGUAUCAGGGAUUGUUUUGCGGGGCCUUCAAAUUGUAUAUGUGGUUCAAAAUCAGCUUUAUUGAGUUGUACAUUUUAAAAUUCAAUUAUAUCCUCUCUCUAACAACUGUUUUUACGACACCUAAAUCAACCAUGCAUUUAAAUCACGUUUUGCUUGCAGUUAAUUCAGUCUUUUUCACUACAUGAAACUGACUGAAACGCGAACAUUAACCUUAACAAAGUGGAGUGCCAAAGGUGGCUCUUGGACAAACACAAAUACAGCAUUCAUUGAAAACAAAUUCUGUGGCCAGCUGUAGCUAUAAACUCCAGUAUGAUGGUUGCCUGAACGGAGCUCUUUCAGUCUUUGAGAGUAUGUCUAGACUUUAUAUCGAAGAAUAUAUAUUUUAUAGAAUGUAAUGAAAGGUGUAGCAUUUGAUAUCUAAGCUAAUUGGUAAAAAAUGUACUUUGGUCCUGUAUUGUUUUUUGUUUGUUGCUAAUCUCAUGUACUGUUUUUAUUGUCAUGUGCAAUAAAUUCUGAAGGAGUAAAACUUGCUAUAUAUUUGUCAUGCAAGGCCAGCCCUUGUGCAUCUGUACUGGAAUAAUGUUCAGGUUCAAAUGCCUGGUGUCAUCUUUUAGUAAUUCUGCUUUUACACGCUUAGUCAUGAUUUGUUGGGUUUAAAAUAAAUAAACUAAAAUUGG